AUGACAUUUUUAAUUAGUUUUUUAAAGGGGUCAAUAGUAUUCGGUUUGACUCUUGAACAUCAUCCUAUAGAUAGUGAUGAUGAAUUUAAUUACAAUUAUAAGUGUUAUCAGGAUCCAUAUUCACCAGUAAAUGAAACAAAAGAAGAAAGUAAUCAAGCCGAUGAACAAAAAGAAGAAAAAAACCAACAACAAGAAGAAAAUCAUCAAGCUGAUGAAAACAAUCAAGAAAAUAACCACUCCCUUUUAAAUCAAGAAAAUAACUACCCCUUUUAA